GAGGAGGCGAGUCAAAGGAGAGUGUCAAAAUCCUCGUCAAAUUCGACCAAGUUUCCCUGGGACUGACAUGGGCGCCUGUUUUGUAAAGCCCGGUCCCAUGGGCGCCUGCCACGCGCCGCAAGCUCGACGUCGACCUCCUCCUUGCCUCCUCCUCGACGCAGCACUCAGAGACCACCUCCCAUCUCGUUUUCGUAGCUCUUGAGGCGACCAUCUUAUAUCUACUCUGGACGCGACUCAUGGGCUCCGGCGAGGUCACGGAACGCGCUAUCCUGACCUCUGCCUCUUUGGACUGGGAUGCAUUGCGGAAGAGAAGCCUUGAACCGCAUGGGUUCCGAGAUGAACGUAAAACAUUAUGGCCACAGCUGCUGCACGUAGACUCCCGGACCGCCAAAUCCAGUAUACCAACGGCGGACACACCGUCAGAAUCAUCUGCUACUACAGAUGCUCCCGACAGUACAAAGCUUGACCUGUCUGCGGAUCUUGAUGCCGCUUUAGCCCAUAGGGAUGAACGCCAGAUUGGCCUGGACACCAACCGGAGUUUUGUCUUGUACCCAGUAGACGAGGGACCGGACAGGGAACACUUGAAGGAGCAGCUACAUGAGCUGAUUGUAUCCGUCUUCCGUAAACGGCGCCAUCUCAAUUACUUCCAGGGCUUUCAUGACAUCGUGUCUGUCCUGUUCCUGACACUACCGUCCGAGGCGCAGGCUUCAUCUGUGGAGAAGAUGAGUUUGCAUCGAAUUCGCGAUGCGAUGGGCAUGACGCUCGAGCCCGUACUGGGAUUGUUGAGAAUUCUCAAGCGCUUGCUUCACGAACUGGACCCUGAUUUUUCAUCAGUGCUGGAACGCACGUCACCACUGCCGUACUUCGCGCUCUCAAACAUCCUCACCCUGCUCUCUCAUGACGUACCGACGUUGCCCUUGAUCCAGCAUAUCUUCGAUUACCUCUUAUGCAGACAUCCAAGUGCCGUCGUUUACCUCGUUGCCGCGGUCGUCUUGUCGAGACGAGACGAAGUACGGCAACUAGUAGAAGCAGGCGACGAGGGCAUGGUCCAUUCCGUGCUGAGCACACUUCCUGAGUUAUACGAAGAGUAUGAUGAUGCGAUCCCAGACGAAGGCACGUGUGCAGAAGCUGAGCACGAGCCUAUGGCAGCGUCAACCGCAGAUACCCCAGACGCAGCAAUCGUUGUCGAAUCGAGUGCGGAGUCGUUGGACAACAUAGUCGAAGAGCGGCCUGCAGACUUCAGCGACGACAUGACGGCAGUGACUUCUCUUUCCGCUAUGUCCGACACUUCAUCCACAGCCGGUGACGACGAAUCCACGACUGUUGGCCUCGAAUCAGAAGCCGAGGACGAUAUACACGAGAAAGCCGACACAUCGUCAACAUCUCUACUCUCUUCCGACGAACCUGAGAGUGCGUCGACAGAGCCAGCAUCAAAUCCUGACGAAGGAGACCUCUCCGAGAAGCGCCCCCUCUCGCGCGCAUCUACAGUCACCCAAUCCGACGACGCCGCCCCUCCGCGCCCACGCGUCUCCCUCACGUCUCUGCUCAUGCAAGCCGACGACCUCUACGCGCGCUUCCCGCCCUCUCACCCGUCCAUCGCGCUCGCGACGAUCAUGGGCCCCCAGAGCGUGAUGCUCACUUGGUCCGAGGACACGUCGGAGCUGCCGCCGGACGACGACGCGGAGCUGAUGGUGACGAAGCCCGAGCUCAUCGUAGUCCCGUGGAUCGAGCCGGACGACGAGGUCGAGUCCGAUGAGGAGGGCGCGUCUCCGCGCGGCAAGCGACGGUCCAGGGCCAAGGACCGGGAGCGGAGGCGGCUGAAGAAGCCAAGGCAUCUGGUCUUGCAGCGGAAGACGAUGGUCGCGGGUGCCGUGCUCGUGCUCGGCGUCGCCGUUGCGGUGUAUGGGCUGCAGAGCGGCGGGUCGGCGGGGCUGUUCAGGGGCUUUUCGGAGCAUAGGGAGAGGCAUACGUUGGGGAGGGAGUGGAAGAGGAUGAGCAGUUUUGUUGGGGGUGUGGUACUUGGUGUUGGGGAGCGGAUCUUUGAGCCGCUUUUGCAUGGAGGCUGAUUAUUUAUAUUCGUACGGGAACGGUACAAGGCCCACUGGUUGUCUCUACGCAUUCAUUUCAUUUUAUUAUCGCAUUGAUGUUCGUCUUGUCCACAUUAACCAUCCCGAACUCGACCAGCGUCCAUUCUGUGUGCAUAGGUGCGUCAACGCUUGUGGUCACCGUACCGGCCCUGAAAUUC